GCAUAUGACUGUACCGCAUCAAAAAAAUAUGGCCAUCUAACAAAUAGCGGUUCUGUUCCUUAAUUUGUGAAAGUGUUAUGCUAAUGGGAACCUUUAUAUUUGUCAUCCUGACUAUUAGAAUAUUUAGAAAUUAAGCUUAUAAUCUGUAGCAAUAUGUAUCUAUGUACAUGACAAUAAUAGCUUUCAUAAAUGCAAUACGAACAACAAGUCGAUUUAAUAUACACAGUUCGUGUUGACUGAAUAAUUUAUAAGAUGCAAUAUGCAAUGCACUGCACCCGACUAAUUCUGUUGCCAUAUAAGUAAAAUUACCCUGGACGUUUGUCUGCUUCAGAUGUACAUAGGUGACAUUUCUGAAGUAAAUGGAACAAUAGAUUGUAGGAUGCAUCAACUGGCCUGGACAACAUACUUUUAAGGUAUCAUUGGGGAUUUUAAUAGCACAGUGACUCAUAGUGUUAUAUAAAUUGCAACGAGUAGAAUAAGUACUUAAUCAUAGCAUGCAUAUUAUAGUAUUGCAUAAAAUAUUGGCAUACUUGAGAGUGGUUGUACUUAGGUUAUACUGAAUUUGCAGAAAUACUUAUUUAUAAUGCUACAUAUUACGUAACAACACCAACAAAGUCAAAUUAAGCAGCUGAUUAAAAAAGAGGUUUUCCUAUGUAUGAAUGUAUGCAUAUUGAAUCUUGAGUUCAGUCUCUAUGUACAUCAUAUAAUUUAUCUAAUCUCUGUUAAAUUUAAUUAAGCAUGAUUUGGCUUUUGCCUAUCAUGAAUUUUUUAUUGAUGUGUAAAAGUGAAGUGAUUCCUGUUGAGCGAGGUGAAUUGGACGUGUGACAGUUCAUUUGGAUCGGUUUAAUAACUUAUUUGCUUAGUAAAAAAAAUUAACAAUUACCAAGUAUGUCAUCCAAGUGCGGAAGUGGGUGUGUCAUGUCCAGCAUGAUGAAGCUUGUCCCAUUCUUAGGAACGAUUGGAUUGUACUUCACCCUUUUCAUCCCAGAGCACAUACCCUCAGUUUGGUCGACGGUGGUGAAAUGUUUGCCCAUUCUGAGUUUAGCUUUGUUUGUCAAGCUUCACAAAACUGCAGAUAAGCGAAAAUCCACCUUUAAUCAGACGAUAUUUUUUGGGUUACUUUUUUCCUGCUUGGGCGAUGCAUGUUUAGUAUGGCCGGAAUAUUUCCUUCAUGGCGUGAUUGCCUUUGGAGCAGCGCAGAUUUUGUUCAUCCGAGCAUUCGGACUAGCCCCGUUGCAUCGUGGGUUGGGAACCGUAUUUCUCUUUAUUGUUGGAGUUGUUUUGUUUCUGAUACGACCUGGCGUCAUGGCUCAACCACUCCCACUUGCCACAGCAGUCAGUUUAUAUUCUCCGCUUUUACUGGGUCGCGUUUGGUUGGCUGGGUCAAUAUUUGUGAAGGAGGGAUGUUCUGGCUGGAUUAACUUUUGGGGAUUUAUUGCCCCAUUGUCGUUCAUGGUGUCGGAUUCUGUCCUCUCUAUAAACAAGUUUUACAGCACGAUUCCUUAUCAUCAAGAGAUAGUUAUGGUGACCUAUUAUGCAGCUCAGUUCGCUGUGGCACUCACAAUAUUGGGCGAACUUGGGAACAAGAAUGCUAAUGCAUCUUCGUCAUCGACGCCAAAAAAUAAAAAUAAAAGCAGUGGGAAUAAGAAAAAAGCUUGAAGUUAAAUGGAAAUAAAUCAAGUUUUGAGCUUUA